GAGAUGAAUUCUUCGGGAACAGACGGCUCGGAUGUGGGCGAAUCGGUGGUACUACCCGACGCCAUCAACGUGCCGUUUAAUCAAACGAGAAAGUUUGUUCUGGUGGAAUAUCCAGCUGUUGUUAUGAAUGUAGACAAGAUGUUAACUUCACUCGGUGGUGAGAACGCUGUAUCGAGGGCCAAUGCUGACCCGAGCAGGAGACUGGAGCUGAGGUUUCGACCUCAAGAUAUCUUCUGCAAGCCGGCCUGUGGCGAUCGAUUCAACACAACAAACCUACUCAUGAAGGUGGUGCGGCGGCGGAAAAAGAAGUCGUCUGGUCUAGGAGCUGAGAGGAGGGAGCCAGAGGUUACCCUGCAUGCUGAGAUACUUGGAGUCGUGGACACGACUUACAGGUUUCAGUCCAUGGUGGAUUUUCAAUAUCUACCGAUGCAGCGGAAUGCAGAUGGAACAAAGUUUGAUUCCGUGUACAAGGAUAUCGUCCCCCAGAAAAUUGAGAUGCCGGGCUGGCUAAGCCAGUCCGCCCCGUUGUUUGUUCCGCCAUUGAUAUUUUCUCGAUUCGACCAGCCAGUCGACUAUCAUUUUCGGCGGGAUGCCACAGCACCAGACAAGUCUGCCCAGCCAGUGGGAAAUAAGAAAGGUGAUCAUCAGUUGGAGGAGCUAGCUAGCACUGAAAUGGAGGAGAGUAACUUGAUCAGAGUCGCUCGUCACAGACGCUCGGUCUACACAAUGUUCGUGAGCUACGGAGAGAGACACAACAAAGCAGGUGGAUGCUGCCAUUGCUCGGGCAAGCUGAGCCAGACCCUGUGAACGAAGAACUGGUUCGGAAGCUCUUUGAAGAGAGACCUGUGUGGUCGAAGAAUGCAAUAGUUGGGAACCUGAAUAUUGACAACUCAAGGCUGAAAACCAUCUUGCCUCUAUUCGCUUAUUAUUUCCUGACUGGACCGUGGCGCUCCCUGUGGGUGAGAAUAGGCUACGAUCCGCGUAAAGAUCCGACUGCUAAGAAGUAUCAAACGCUAGACUUCAGAGUUCGGCAAAUGUCUGUUGAUCGCAUGCCUAUCUCCAGUAAACGUGGUACAUUUUGCUAUCAGAAGCCAACAACAGUUUCUAAGACCCAGGCACAGGUAGCACUAAUACAGGCUGAUGACCUUGGAGUGGGUGAUGCUGCAGUGGCCUCUACAUCAACAGCGGGCACGCGGGAAGAACUGGAGAAAAUCACUUCAACAUAUACAUUCAUACCGAAUGUUCUGCCACCGUUUAGACAGAUGUUUUACCAGCUGUGUGAUAUUCAGGCACCAGAGGUUCAAGCAAUUGUCAGCCGCAAUGACAA